AGGAAGAAAGAGAACAAGCGUUGAGUGAGAGACAACUGAGAACCCUUCUUGUACCUGCGGUGCUGUGGGACAGAUUAUUCUAGGUUAGCACGUUGCCAUGGCAUGUGGACCUAAAAUGUUGGCCCCCAUCUGUCUGGUGGAAAACAACAAUGAGCAGCUCUUGGUGAAUCAGCAAGCUAUAGAGAUUCUUGAUGAGAUUGCUCAACCAGUGGUGGUGUUGUCCAUUGUAGGACUAUACCGUACGGGGAAAUCCUACCUGAUGAACCUUCUGGCAGGAAAGAACCAUGGCUUCCCUCUGGGCUCCACGGUGCAGUCUCAAACCAAGGGCAUCUGGAUGUGGUGUGUGCCCCAUCCCUCCAAGCCGAACCAUACUCUGGUCCUUCUGGACACCGAGGGUCUGGGGGAUGUAGAAAAGGGUGACCCUAAGAAUGACUCGUGGAUCUUCGCCCUGGCUGUGCUUCUUAGCAGCACCUUUGUCUACAACAGCAUGGGCACCAUCAACCACCAGGCCCUGGAGCAGCUGCACUAUGUGACAGAACUCACAGAAUUAAUUAAGGCAAAGUCCUCCCCAAGAUCUGAAGGACUAGAAGAUUCUACAGAGUUUGUGAGUUUCUUUCCAGACUUUAUCUGGACUGUUUGGGAUUUCACCCUGGAGCUGAAGUUGAAUGGUCGCCAUAUUACAGAAGAUGAGUACUUGGAGAAUGCUUUGAAGUUGAUUCCAGGCAACAAUCCCAGAGUACAAAUAUCCAAUCUACCCAGGGAGUGCAUCAGGCAUUUCUUUCCAAAACGAAAGUGCUUUGUCUUUGACCGACCAACACAUGACAAAUACCUCUUAGCCAAUAUUGAGAAGGUAUCAGAAAACCAACUGGAUCCUAAAUUCAAGGAACAAACAAACAUUUUCUGUUCUUUUAUUUUCACCCAUGCAAGAACCAAGACCCUCAGAGGGGGAAUCACUGUCACUGGAAAUCGUUUAGGGACCCUGGUGGUGACUUACGUGGAUGCCAUCAACAGUGGAACUGUACCUUGUCUGGAGAAUGCAGUGACAACUCUGGCUCAGCUGGAGAACUCAGCGGCUGUGCAGAAGGCAGCCGACCACUACAGCCAGCAGAUGGCCGAGCAAGUGGAGCUCCCUACAGACACUCUCCAGGAGCUGCUGGACGUGCAUGGAGCAUGUGAGAGGGAAGCCAUUGCAAUCUUCAUGGAGCGCUCCUUCAGGGAUGAAAAUCAGGAAUUCCAGAAGCAGCUUGUGGAAAUCAUAAUGAGUAAGAAGGAACAUUUCUUGCUACAGAAUGAGGAGUCAUCUGUUAAAUAUUGCCAGGCUCAACUCAAUCAGCUCUCAGAGGACCUAACGCAAAAUAUUUUAGCAGGAACUUUCUCUGUUCCUGGAGGGAACAAGCUCUACAUGGAAGCAAGGAAAAAUAUUGAACGGGAGUAUUUGGAAGUGCCCAGGAAAGGAGUAAAGGCAAAAGAGGUGUUCCAGAGUUUCCUACAGUCACAACUGGCAAUAGAGAAAACCAUCUUGCAGGCAGAUAAAGCCCUCACUGAUGGGGAGAAGGUCAUAGCAGAGGAGCGGGCCAAGAAGGAGGUGGCUGAGCAGGAACAGGAAAUUUUAAGACAGAAAUUCCAGGAGCAGCAGCAAGAGAUGAAGGCUCAGGAAAGGAGCUUAAGGGAGAACAUAGUCCAACUGAAAGAGAAGAUGGAGAUGGAACGAGAACAACUACUGAAUGAGCAGAAUAAGGUUUUGGAGCAUAAGCUGCAGGUCCAAAAAGAUUUUCUUGAGGAAGGAUUUAGGAAGAAAUCCGAGGGGAUGAAUGCAGAAAUAACUUAUUUGAAAAAUGCAAUUGAAGCUACAAAAGAUGGUAAUGGUAAUCAGAUUGCACAAAUCUUAAACAGACUUGGCAAGGAAAUAAAUUCAAUAACUACUCAUCCUAAAAAAUUAGUUCGUCAUAUUGCCAAAGGUGUACGCUCACUGUUUAAAAAGCAUUAA